CCCAUGAGCUACGAGGUUCAAAAGACGCUUGAGGAUCGCUGGGCGAAGGGAUGGCAAGGCGAUGAUGGUUCCGACACCUUUUAUGUUAAGGCGAAUGGAUAUACCUACGGCAUCGACUGCUACUGCAUGCUUCAGUGGAAUGCGAAGACGAAUCGCAGACGGCCCAUCAGGAGAGAAGAGAGGCUCAACCCUGCAGCUGUGCCUGAGCUUCUUCAGAAGCACCAGGAUUUCAAGACAGAGAUCAGCAGGCACUUGGCUGAGAAUGCUGCUUUGAAAAGCAAAGUGGCAGAUUUGGAAGCACAGCUUCUGAUUCUCAAGGCCCCGCAACCUCGAGCGGAGCAUACAACUCACAUGCUUCUGCAGGAGCCAUGGCGCAUGAGUCACCAGUUAGGCAUGAGUAUCCGUGUUGAGGUUCCUCCAGAAGACGGACUCUUCGCUGUCUUGCAGAAGGCACUUUGUGCCAGCUGCCCCGCUGAUCAUCAUGGUGAUUGCACCCUUGCCCGCAAUCUGACCAUCACCAAGCUUGAGCAAAUCCAGAAUAUCGGACUCUGGAAGAGUUACGAGUUCCGCAAAGAGCAGGUAAAGAAGGAACUCGAAGGCAAAGCAGCUCCAGCAGUCACCAGCAGUUUCGCUGCCUGCCAGUGGGCCAAGAUGGACCCCACAGUGAAUGAGGUCUUGGUGCUCCACGGUACCACGCCGGACAAGGUUGACCUCAUCGCCAACUUCGGCUUCGACGAGCGCCUGGCGCGGGAAAAGGGGCGAUACGGCCAAGGAGUGUACUUCACGGACCAGACGUGUAAGGCCUUCCAGUACUCCGGCGCGAGCCAGCAAAGCGAGGGCUGCUUCAUCGUCACCCGUUUGAUAGUCGGCGACCCGCACUAUGCAAGAGGCCCUCUACCUCAAGUUAAGGUCGAGCCUUUGCGUGAUCCGCAAGAUGCAUCGAGGGGUCGCUGUCACUCGGUGAUCGCCGCCCCAGGGACGCCGUCCGGCAGCGGUCCACAGCAGGUCCACCGGGAGCUCGUGAUCUUCAACGGCGCACAAGCAUACCCUGAGAUGAUCGUUCACAUCCGACGCCCGACGGAUCAAUGA